AUGACUGAGUACAAGUUAGUUGUUGUUGGAGCUGGUGGAGUUGGCAAAAGUGCUCUUACUAUCCAGCUUAUUCAGAAUCAUUUUGUUGAGGAAUAUGACCCAACGAUAGAGGACUCUUACAGAAAACAGAUGGUCAUUGAUGGAGAAAUAUGCUUGUUAGAUAUCUUAGAUACCGCUGGGCAAGAGGAAUACAGUGCAAUGCGAGAUCAGUAUAUGCGUACUGGAGAGGGAUUUUUAUGCGUAUUUGCCGUGAACAACUCCAAGAGCUACGAUGAUAUAAAUCAAUAUCGAGAGCAGAUCAAAAGAGUUAAAGAUGCCGACGAAGUUCCUAUGGUUCUUGUCGGAAACAAAGUUGACCUCACGAAUCGCAGUGUUUGUACAGAGGAGGCAAAAUCCUUAGCCCACUCUUAUAAUAUCCCGUAUGUUGAGACCUCCGCCAAGACCAGACAAGGUGUGGAAGAUGCGUUUCAUAAACUUGUCCGGGAGAUCAGAAAAUCUAAAGAGAAGAAGGGAAAAGAUCGUAAAAAGCGCAAACGAAAAUGUUGUAUACAAUAA